AUGUCCAAACGUCUGCGAAACAUUGAGGUCUGCGCAGACUGCAGUGCUCCAGAGCCUCGCUGGGCCUCAGUGAACAAGGGGGUGUUGAUCUGUGAUGAGUGCUGCAGCGUUCAUCGAAGUCUCGGCAGACACAGCUCCCAAAUCCGUCACCUGACGCGAAUGCCAUGGCCUCCGACGCAGCUUCAGAUGAUUCACACAUUAUAUAGCAAUGGUGCAAAUUCAAUAUGGGAGCACUCUCUCCUGGACCCUUCCUCUGUGAUAAGUGGAAAACGUAAACCCAGUCCUCAGGACAAACUUCAUCCAACCAAAUCAGAGUUUAUAAAAGCCAAAUAUCAAAUGCUGGCAUUUGUGCAUCGCAUGCCGUGUCGAGAAGAUGACGGUUUUACAGCGAAGGAUUUAAGCAAGCAACUUCACUCGAGCGUCCGUACGGGGAAUCUUGAGACGUGUUUGAGAUUACUGUCUCUGGGAGCGCAAGCAAAUUUUUUUAAUCCUGAAAAAGGGAACACUCCGCUGCACGUAGCUGCAAAGGAAGGACAAAUCUCUCAGGUCGAGUUAUUAUCCGUUUAUGGAGCCGAUCCUGGAGCUUUAGACAGCAAUGGAAAAACUCCUAUUGACUAUGCAAAAGAAGCUGGUCACCACGAGCUGGCAGAUAGGCUGGUGGAGAUUCAGUAUGAACUCACUGAUCGACUGGCGUUCUACCUGUAUGGCAGAAAACCCGAACAUAAAAAUAACGAUCACUUCAUUGUUCCACAGCUGGCAGACAGAAACGUCAGUUCAGAUCUAAAUGAACUUGCAAAAGCAGCAAAGAGGAAACUACAGUCUCUCAAUAAUCAUUUAUUUGAGGAGCUGGCCAUGGAUGUGUACGAUGAAGUGGACAGACGAGAGACUGAUGCAGUGUGGCUGGCCACACAGAAUCACAGCAAGCUGGUGACGGAGACGACGGUGAUUCCUUUCCUUCCUGUGAAUCCAGAGUAUUCCUCAACAAGAAACCAGGGACGACAGAAGCUUGCAAGAUUUAAUGCACACGAGUUCGUAACGCUAGUGAUCGACAUACUAAGUGAUGCUAAAUGCAGACAGCAUGGGAGUUCAGCUGUCAGUCCUAAAGAUAACGUUGAACUCAUACUGAAUAGCACAGCUGUCAGACACUGUAGUGAUAGCCAAGAUACUGACCCCGACUAUGACAAAGUGGCGUCCGAUGACGAUACAGAUCAAGAGCUUCCAUCAAGCAAAGAAGAAAGAACUAAGAGCCUGAGCUCUGACCUUUCUGACGGCCCCAUCACCAUGCAAGAGUACGUGGAGGUGAAGGCGGCGCUCUCUGCCUCUGAAGCCAGGAUCCAGGAGCUCAUGAAAACCCAAAACGAUCUGAACGAUCAGCUGAGGCUCAUGCGGAUAAAGCUGCAAUCUCUGCAAAGUGAGAACAUCUGUCUCAGGCGGCAGGUCACACCCAAUAUGUAUCAGACCCCCAGUGGUCCAGACUACCCUGACCCCUCCAGCCCCUCAGCCCUGAAACGCCGGCAGUCUGCGCGGGCCAGUCGGCCCAUGUCCAUGUAUGAGACCGGCUCAGGCCUGAAGCCCUAUCUCCCCAAAGGGGAAACUCCUUACCCCGAGGAGAGUCUCCCCACCCUGCAACCCUUCACACCUCAUACAGAAAGGGGUACUUUUGUGACCUCUUCAUCCCUUCCAUCAUUUCCAUCCACCCUGUCUUGGUCGAAGGAUGACAGUUUUCAGACCUCAAAGUUGGAAAAGCAAAGCAGCAUGCCAGAAAGUGAUUACGACAACACGUUUCAUGACUCGGAGACAGAUGACCUGGGUUUCUGCAGGAGAGGGAGGCUGAAGAGCGGCAGCUGGCUGGGAGAGGGCAACUCAAUCCCUGAGCUGGAUGAUGUGGAGAUGGAGUCAGACCCGACACUUCCCAGCACCGAGGACGUCAUCCGAAAAACCGAGCAGAUCACCAAGAAUAUUCAGGAGCUCCUGAGAGCUGCUCAGGACAACAAACAUGACAGACCAUGUGAGCGUGAAGGUGUGCGACGGCUCAGGCACAGCCUGGGAUGUUUCAGCACUCUGGUGCCCUGGGCUGAGAAGGCCCCCUCUCCCCUUCAUCCGCUCAGCCUCCGAUCCCCUGACCCCACCUCCUGCUUCAUACCCUGCUCAGAAAGAAUACAUGCGGCUGUAACAGAAAUGGCUGCCCUCUUUCCAAAGAAGCCUCGCUCGGAGACGGUCAGAAACUCUCUGCGCUUGUUGACCUUCAGUGCAUCUCGUCUCCAGAACGAGUGCGGAAAGGCCGUUCCUUCGGAGGGCGGCAGCGGCAGCUCGGGACCGGACAUGCAGCUGGUCACCCAGCAGGUCAUCCAAUGUGCUUAUGACAUUGCCAAGGCUGCCAAGCAGCUUGUUACCAUCACAACAAAGGAGAACACCAACUAAAGAGCACUUAAAGGGCUGCAAAGCCAUCUGCAUCUCAGUGUUGUAUUUUAUUGUCUUUAAAUAUAUUUGGAGUAUAUGCAUGGAUUUUUUUUUAUAUUGUCAAUAUUAUGGAUAAUAAUAUUGUAGAUGAUGUUUACAAUGUUUAAAAGGCAGGAAUAUCAAGAGGGGAAAUCAAAAAUGCAACUUAGAUCUAUUACUCUAUUGUAGCACAAUUUAUGAGAAUUCAAUAUAUCCAGUUAGGUUGUUUAUAAAUUAUAACAAAGUAUAAGAAAAUAACCUUAGUGGGUCUGUAGUGGUCAUUAAGAAAAUAAAUUAUGCACA